AUGACCACCGCCCACUCCACCAAGGUCCACGUUCCCGUCACCACCAUCACCGACACUCUCACCACGAUUGUGCCUUGCAAGACCCGAACUACCAAGACCUUCCACCCUCCUACUACUCCCCCUCCUGCUCCCACAGUCACAAUCGUCGACACCACCACCUACUGCCCCGAGGAGGGAAAGACUGCUCAGCCUUCCAAGGGCCAGUCUACUUUCCAGGUCGUGACCACUGCUUCCCCUCGCACCAAGGCCUAUGAGGUCCCCAGCCACGCUGCUCCUACUACCGAGGGUGAGGAGAAGCCCACUGCUGUGGUCCCUGUCCCCGGAAAGCCCACUGGUGGAUACCCCGUUCCCGAGAAGCCUACAGCUGGAUACCCUACUCCUGAGAAGCCCACCGGUGGCAAGCCCGUCGCCCCUCCCGCUCACGGUGUCCCCUACCCUCCUAGCAACGGAACCGUCUCCAGUCACGUUCCCGUCUACCCAGCUCCUGUUCCCACCACCGCCGUCCCCGUGGCUCCUGGUACUACCGCUGGCUACGCGCCUCCUCCCGUUGUCUCCCAGCCCGGAGUUGUUCCUCCCGCUCCUUCGGCUCCCGUCGGCACUCCCGUCCAUACCACUCCUGUUCCCGUCAGUGGUGCCAGCGUGGUUCGCACUGGCUUCAUGCUGGCUCUCCCAGCUGCCCUUGCUUUCUUCAUGUAG